AUGUCUACUCAAUCCUCUGCACAAGUCGGCAGCGGCUUAACAUUUCGUGCCGCUACCCUCUCUGACGCCGCCGCCGUCAGAGCGCUCGUCGUCUCAGCCUUCCGCGGUGAUUCGAGCCGCGAAGGCUGGACCACUGAAGCCGAUCUCUUCACCGAUGAGCGCAUAUCAGAGGCUGGAGUUGUUGGAAAAAUCCAACGAGCUGACAGCCAAGUCGUCAUGGUCAUUGACGAAACUAACGCCUUACUUGGUUGUGCUGAACUCGUGCGUCAAGGCGCUGUCGUGCAGCUUGGCAUGGUAGCCGUUGCGCCGAAGAAGCAAGGACAGGGGAUUGGAAAAUUGCUCAUUACGCACUUGGAAGAAAUCGCCAUUCAAGAGUACAAAGCAGAGACGAUGGAGUUGUACGUUAUAUGGCUGAGGGAGGAUGUUAUCAAUUUCUAUGCUCGCAGAGGGUUCAUCAAAACUGAGCGGACAAAGCCAUUCCCCUAUGCCGAGUUGGUAAAUGGCAAGGCACUUCGGCUUGAUCUAUAUUUUGCUGUUCUGGAGAAAAGACUAUUGUAG